AUGUCGACGCUCCUUCGUCACGUACGCUAUCGUCGACCAAACAUCAAUCUCCUAUCUCUCUCUGUCUCCAGAUUGUCUUCAAUAGCCGUGCCUUCGCGUUUCAUUCACUCUCCCGUUUUCCCGCCGUGGUCAGCGCAUCCGCCGCCGCCGACCAUCACGCAGCAUUUCAUCAGGGCGUUCGGUUCCGACUGCUGCGGCGGCCACCACUCGAAGACGACCGUCAACACCAAGGUCAACUUCUCCCCACCCGGUUCCGAUUCGGAUUCAGACUCCGACGAGGCGGCCGACCAUCAGAAGAAGAACUACACGUCACCGUCGAACCGGGGAGAAAUCGACAAGAGCAAGCUCCCUCCGCCGUACGACCCGUUCAACAAGAGGCCCGCGGCGGUCGAGGACCCGGAGGACCCGAAGGACCUGCAGAAGAUCUUCCACAAGAUGCGGAGCGAAGAUGGGCUGUUCAACAAUGCAGUCAAGAUGUUCGACGAAUUGUCCAAGGACGGGCUGACGCACGAAGCCUUGGAACUCUUCUCCCAGAUCAAGGACAAGGGCCAGAUGCCCGACGUGGUAGCUCAUACCGCCGUCAUCGAGGCCUACGCCAACGCCGGCCAGUCCAAGGAAGCCCUGAAGGUGUUCCUGCGGAUGCUCAACUGUGGAGUUGCUCCCAAUGCCUAUACUUACGCGAUCCUGAUCAAGGGCUUGGCCGCGGGUGGGCGAAUCGGGGAUGCGAAGAAGUAUGUGGUGGAGAUGAUGGGGAAAGGGAUGAGACCCAAUGCUGGGACUUACUGUGCAGUGUUCGAGGCUCUGGCGAGAGAGCAGAGAGUGGAAGAAGGCAGGGAGCUUUUGGAGCAGAUGAAGGCCAAAGGGUUCUCCCCGGACGAAAAGGCGGUGAGGGAAGUUAUUGGGAGCAAAAGGGGAGCUGUUUUCAGAACUGUUAUCAAUCUUCUCUUUGGGAAGUAG